UGAAAAUGGUGGGUGGUUGAAUGUUGGGUUUCUCUCUCUCUCUAUCUAGUGCGGGCCAAAUCGGGGGCUGGUUCUCUGUUCGCUUGUUACCGUACUGUCUCCUCUUUCCAAUUCGAUUCUUGUCUCCAAAUUGAGGGUUCGACGGGUAAGUUAGUGACUUAUUUGAUGAAUAUGUUGUAAUUUUAUCGGAUCCGCUGAGAAGAGAUUAAGCUAAAAUCUUCAAGAACUAGGGUUAGUUUGAUCAAUUCCGUGAUUCUGCUAGUAGAAUUCUGCUGGAUCUCUUAUUUUGAUUCGAGGACUUUUAGGACCGAUAAGGGGAAAUAUUUGGGAUUUAGAUAGUUUCUGUAGCAGGUUAAUUGAGAAUCAAGGGUUAGAUUGAGGUUUAGUGUGAUGGAUACGAGUCCUCCAUUGUUGGUGGAGGAUCAGACGGAUGAGGAUUUCUUUGACAAAUUAGUUGACGAUGAUGAAGAUUUGAAGUUAAAUGCAUCCUCAUCCCAGAGUUUUCUUGAUGAAAGUGAUUCUGAUGAGGUGAAAGCGUUUGCAAAUUUAAGCAUUGGUGAGACUAAUGCUGAGUCAGGGGUUACAGAUGGUGAGGUGGAAACUGAAUCCACAACUGAAGUAGUUAAGAAAGAUGGUCAAACUCUAUUGUCCAAUACACAAAUACAUGCAGAUAGUGGGUCAUUGGUGUCAUCUAACUCAUUUGGGUUGGAUAGUGUGGAUGAACCGCAAAAUGACAACUCGAGUCAAGAAAUGACCUUAGAUUUAACACUUGGAACUGGCAGUGGAUCUUUGGGUUCAGGUGUUAAGGAAUUGCAGUGGAGUGCAUUCAACACUGAUUCAGAAGGGAUUGCCGGAAAUGGGUUUGGAUCAUACAUGGACUUCUUUGAUGAUUUGGGAGAAAGUGCAAUUGGAACAACUGGGACUGCAGAUGAAAAUCCGCAAGCAGAGUCUAAGAUCCAGACUCCUACUGUAGAAAAUAGUAGAUUGAAUGACAACACUAAUGUCUACAAUCAAGAGAAUCAAAACUAUUCGGAAGCUGUGGGGCAAAAUUCAAAUCAACAGGAUGUUAACAGUACUGAAUAUUGGGAAAGUAUGUAUCCUGGGUGGAAAUAUGAUUCAAGUACUGGGCAGUGGUAUCAGGUCAAUGAAAAUGGUGGCACAGAGAAUACACAAAAUGGCCUGGAUUCUAGUUCAGCUAUGUCAGAGAGGAAAUCUGAAGUUUCUUACCUGCAGCAAACUGCAGAGUCUUAUGUGGAGACCAUACCUGGGAGUGGCAACUUCGAGAGUGUCAGUGAUUGGAAGCUGGGCUCACAGGAUGACCGUACAUCAAUGAGUCCCACUAGUUGGAAUGAUGUGUCACACGAGAACGGUGCCACUGAAAGUAUUUCUAGCUCGAAUGAUGUAUCACAAGAGAAAAAUGAGUACCCAGCACAUAUGGUUUUUGACCCUCAAUAUCCUGGAUGGUACUAUGAUAUGAUUACCCAAGAAUGGCGUACCUUGGAAAGCUACACAGCAUCUACAGAAUCAACUGUUAUAGGCCAUGAUCAAAUAAAUCAGAACGGAUAUGGAGCCACAGGUUCACAUGCCCAAUUUGGUGAAGCUAAAAUACAUGGUAGCAAUGUGCAAGUUGAUAAUCACAGGUCAGAAGAUUUUGGUGUCCAAACUAAUCAAUACAACUGGGAUGGGUCACUUAGUAGUCAUGAUGAACUGGGAUCAAACAUUUGGCAACCCCAAAAUGCUUCUAAGAGUCAAGCCCCUCAAAAUCUUGGAGAAACCCAGCAAAUGGAGAAUGCCUAUGGUUCAAAUUUGUCAUUUAACAAUAACAUCAGUCAACAGAACUCUUAUGGUUCAACUGGAAUUGCCUUCCAAGAAAAAGGACACACAUCCUUUAGUGACUUUUCCUCUCACGGAACUAAACCUUUUCUUCCCACAGGAAAUCUGAGUCAGCAUCAUAAUGAGCCAAGUUAUCCACACAAUGGACAGAUGCAAUCAUCCAGUGGCUAUUAUGGCAAUCAGAAUUUAGUGAACUUCUCUCAGGAACAGUUAAAAGGUGUCCCCCCAUUUUCCAAUCCAUACAGUGCUGAAAGGUCAUCAGCAGGCCGUCCUCCUCAUGCUUUAGCUACCUUUGGCUUUGGAGGAAAGCUAAUCUUAAUGAAAACAGAUGAUUCUUUCAGCGCUGCAUCUUACGGAAAGCAGUCUCCUGUAGGAGGCUCAAUUUCUAUACUCAACUUAAUGGAUGUUCUUACUGAGAAAACUGAUGCAUCAAGAAUGGGAAUAGACAGGUGUGAGUACUUCAAUACACUUUGCAGACAGUCUUUUCCUGGUCCCCUGGUUGGAGGAAAUAUUGGUGGAAAAGAUUUGAAUAAGUGGAUUGAUGAGAAGAUUGCGAAUUGUGCGUCUCUUGAUAACGACUUUCAAAAAGGUGAAGUUCUGAAGUUGCUUCUUUCCUUGCUCAAGAUAGCUUGUCAGCAUUAUGGAAAACUUCGAUCUCCUCUAGGCACUGAUCUCGUGUCAAAGGAUGGUGAUGCACCAGAAACAGCUGUUGCUAAACUAUUUUCAUCUGCAAAAGGAACUGGUGUCCAAUUCACUGAUUAUGGUGCCCUUAGUCACUGCUUGCUACAAUUACCACCUGAAGGACAAAUGCAGGCCACUGCAGCUGAAGUGCAAAAUCUCCUGGUGUCUGGCAAGAAGAAGGAAGCUUUACAUUGUGCAAGUGAGGGUCAGUUGUGGGGCCCUGCACUUGUUCUUGCUGCUCAACUAGGUGACCAGUUUUAUGUUGAUAUCGUGAAGAAAAUGGCACUUCGUCAGCUAGCACCAGGAUCACCAUUACGGACAUUGUGCCUUCUAAUUGCUGGUCAGCCUGCAGACAUCUUUUCUGAAGAAACACCUAUUAGUGGCUUUCAUGCUGGUGCGAAUGUGUCCAUGCAACCUGCUCAGUAUGGUUCUAAUGGAAUGUUAGAUGAGUGGAAGGAAAACUUGGCCCUGAUAACUUCCAAUAGAACCAAAGAUGAUGAGCUUGUGCUGAUUCAUCUUGGAGAUUGCCUGUGGAAAGAUAGAAGUGAUAUUAUUGCAGCACAUAUUUGCUAUAUAGUUGCAGAAGCAAACUUUGAGGCUUAUUCGAACAGUGCAAGGAUAUGCCUUAUUGGUGCUGAUCAUUGGAAGUUCCCUCGGACCUAUGCUAGUCCAGAUGCAAUUCAGAGAACAGAAUUCUAUGAAUACUCGAAGGUGCUUGGAAAUCCCCAGUUUAUCCUCCUACCUUUCCAACCAUACAAGCUGAUUUAUGCCUAUAUGCUGGCUGAAAUAGGAAAAGUCCCGGAAUCGCUGAAGUAUUGUCAUGCAAUAUCAAAGUCUCUUAGAACUGGUCGAUCAUCUGAAGUGGAAACAUGGAGACAAUUAGUGACAUCUCUAGAGGAGAGGAUACGAACACAUCAGCAAGGUGGAUACUCCACAAACUUGGCUCCAGGAAAGCUGGUGGGUAAAUUGCUUAACUUAUUUGACAAUACUGCUCAACGUGUGGUUGGAGGCCUACCACCUCCUGCUCCGUCUGCAACACAUGGAAAUCCCCAAAGAAUUGAUGAUCAAUUCCAAGCCAUGGGUCCUAGAGUAUCAAGUAGUCAAUCAACCAUGGCAAUGUCUUCUCUCAUGCCUUCAGCUUCAGUGGAACCCAUAAAUGAAUGGGCAGGAGAUGGUAGUAGUAAAAUGACUGUACAUAAUAGAAGUGUUUCCGAACCUGACUUUGGAAGGACUCCAAGACAAGUGGAUUCAUCUAAUAAGCAAGAAGCUCCGUCCAGCACACAGACAAAAGGGUCAACCUCAGAAGGGGCGUCUCGCUUUGGUCGCUUCGGUUUUGGCUCUCAACUUUUUCAGAAGACUGUAGGUCUGGUACUAAGGCCACGUCAGGAAAAACAGGCUAAACUGGGUGAAACGAAUAAAUUUUACUACGACGAAAAGCUUAAGAGAUGGGUGGAAGAAGGGGUGGAGGCCCCUGCAGAAGAAAUUGCUCCGCCGCCACCUCCAACCAUAGCAAAUUUCCAAAAUGGAGGUUCAGAUUAUAACUUGAGAAAUGCAUUAAACAGUGAAGGGUCUUUGAACAAUGGAAACCCGGAAUACAAAAGUCCCAACCAUUCGGAACAUACUUCAGGAAUUCCACCUAUUCCACCUACCUCCAACCAGUUCUCAGCUCGUGGACGGAUGGGUGUUAGGUCAAGGUAUGUGGACACCUUCAAUAAAGGUGGCGGCAACCCAACAAAUCUGUUCCAGUCGCCUUCUGUUCCAUCCGUUAAGCCUGUUGCUGCUAACCCUAAAUUUUUCGUCCCUGCACCUGUUUCCUCAAACGAGUUGUCGUUCAAUCCAACGACGACGACGGAUACUGUGCAAGAAAAGGGAUCUAAUACAACUACUAUGACUAACGAUAAUGUUUUGACAUCCACAAUGGACCAUCAUUCACUUAGUUCUCCUGAACCUGCCCAACCUGUGACCAUGCAAAGGUUCCCAAGUAUGGACAAUAUUACAUACAACAACAACAAGCAGAUGGCAACAGCCACAAAUAUUUCCCUUUCAUCUCAUUCACGAAGGACAGCUUCAUGGAGCGGAAGCUUUAGCGAUUCACAGAGUCCAACAAAUCCAGUAGGCGGUGGAGUGAUAAUGGGUGGUGGUGGUGGUAUGUCACCACCAUCAUCAUCUUUUAUGCCUAUCGACCCUUCUGUGGUGCAUUUACCAAGGAAUGGAGGAGGCGGUUUUGGGGAUGACUUGCAGGAAGUCGAAUUUUGAGGAUUUUUUUUCUUCUUUUCUUUUGUUGGGUUGGGGUAAGUUUUGAUACCAAAUUGUUGUUGAUCAAGUAUACUACAUAUACAGUGGCAUCUCAUUACCCGGGUACAGAUAAAGGUUAUAUGAAAAAGGUGCUGCAUAAGUGAAGUUAAGUGGAGUGGAGUGAAGAAGAGACAAAGACUACUACUCUUUCCUACUCCUCCUUUGAUUAGAAGAAGAAACUUUGUAUGGUGUGAAUUUAUUGUAGUUGGAAUUAUUUGUCCCAAUGUUUCGCUCUCGACAUUCUAAGGUAGAUGCUCUAUUAUUGUCGCAGUUGCAUAAUGUUGUUAUUAUGUUUAAACUUGUGCCCCUGUGUGUGUUGUUAUGCAACAGCAACAACCAACCAUUACCAUUGUACAGUUGAUUAAUUUGUUGCAUUACUUUUUAAAAGGGCAAGUAAAGCAUAUUACUUACUGAUUCUGUCUUCUGUACCAACUCAUUUAAUAACAUUAUAUUGGGCA